AUGUCUGGUCGUGGAAAAGGCGGUAAGUCGAAGGCUACUGGCAAGAGCAAAACCCGUUCAUCACGUGCCGGUCUUCAGUUCCCGGUUGGUCGUAUUCAUCGCCUGCUGCGGAAAGGCAAUUAUGCGGAACGAGUCGGCGCCGGAGCGCCAGUCUAUUUGGCUGCGGUUUUGGAGUAUUUAACGGCCGAAGUGCUCGAGCUGGCCGGCAAUGCGGCACGUGACAACAAGAAGACCCGCAUCAAUCCGAGACAUUUGCAGUUGGCAGUGCGCAACGAUGAGGAGUUAAAUAAACUGCUGGCCGGUGUAACGAUCGCUCAAGGCGGUGUUCUACCGAACAUUCAAGCGGUCCUACUGCCCAAGAAAGCCACUGAAUUCGCACAAAAAUAG